CUCAUCCCACUCACACAUUCUCUUGUAACCAUCGUACCCCAACAAAAACUAGAAGCCCAUAAAUGAGGUUAUAAACCUCCCAUACAUGAACCCCUUCAUCCCCCUCAUCCCACGCACCAUCCAGCGCACCCUACCACCAAACCCACCACCCCGCCAUCUCCUCCAGACCAUCACCACGAUGUCCACAUCCACAACCACAACCACAACCACACCCCCCACCGGGACCGCCCCCAAAACCCUCCCAAAAUCCCAAAUCCCCAAAGGCAAAACCGAGCUAAAGAUCCUCAUGCUACACGGGUACACCCAAUCCGGGCCGCUCUUCAGCUCCAAAACCAAAGCGCUCUCCAAACUCCUCACCAAAGCCCUCUCACCCGCCCCCUACAACCUGCACCCGACGCUAAUCUACCCCACGGGACCAUUCCGUCUGCGUCCCUCCGACAUACCCGGCUACAUCCCCUCGGACUCGGUCGACGAGGACGAGGGAGACAACUGGGCUUGGUUCCAGAGCAUAGCGACGGGGGCGUACCAGGGGUUCGCGAGCGGGAUGCGCAGCAUAGCGACUGCGAUCGCGGACGCCGGGGGCGUGGACGGCGUGUGUGGGUUCAGCCAGGGGGGCGCGGUGGCGGCGCUAGUGGCUUCGGCGUUGGAGACGCCGUAUCGGGAACCUUCUGGUACUAUCGCUCCAGACGGCGAUUUCGAGACAUCGUGGGUCCCGCUUCUGCGCGCCGCGAACAACAACGCGCCGCUGAAGUUCUGCGUCGUCUAUAGUGGGUUCUACGCGCCGCCGCCGGAGUUGCAGUGGCUAUACACGCCGCCGAUCACCACGCCAACGCUGCAUUUUCUAGGGUCGCUGGACACUGUGGUGGAGGAGAGCCGGAGCCAGGCGCUUGUGGAGCGGUGCGUGGACCCGACGAUUAGGGUGCAUCCCGGGGGUCACUAUGUGCCUGUAGCGAAGGAGUGGGCGCUUUGUUUGGCGGGAUGGUUGAGGGAGCGGUAUCAGGAACCUAGUGCUACGAAAGAGGUCCUAUAAUGUGCCUAGGUGAAGAACGUACAGGUAGGAAUAGGGGUUCAAGUGGGGAUAGAUAUAGAGAAGGUAUACACGGAGAUUAUACGCGAAGAGCUAGAGUUAGACCUAGAAAUAUACCAUAUGAGUAU